AUGCAUCAAGAAGUAUUCCCGCGGGAAAAGCUGGACCUCCGCCAAAAGCAAGCCGUUACAGAUGUUGUCCCAUUCCACCGCUUUCCAAAAGCACCUCCGGAGAUACGUCUCGUGAUUUCGGAGUUCUCUCUGCCCGGUUCCCAUACUCUCAGCGUUGCCGGUCGUCGCAAGCCUUCGGGUCUCUUUUUUUGUGAAAACGACAAUCCAUACAACCCUGCCGCCCUUUCCAUCUGUCGAGAAUCUCGAGAGGUCGUACUCAAGCAUUAUCGCCUGUGCUUUGGUACAACUAACAUAUAUGCCGAUCUUUCUCUCGAUGCCUUUUACUUUGGUGAGGACUGGUGGGUCCAGAUUUCCGGCUCCGGCACAUCUGGUGACGGAAAUUUGUUGAAGUGGCGUGUAUGGAGCGGUCCUCAAAACAGACUCCUCAACCAGGAAUUCAAAGAUAAUGUGAAGGCGAAUUUACAACAAACUACGCAUCUUGCGUUCAUUCCCAACUACUGGUCUCGCUUUGGCAUUCUCCACCGCUCUGGUGCAGCCCUACGAGCCGACGCAAAAGCCGUGUUUCAAAAGCUGACGCAGCUUUCACUUGUUACUGGACAAGAACAUGAUUCUUAUGGCGCUCCCGGCUCUGUUGAAUUUAUGAAUGACAUGACUCAGAGUUGGGGGAAUGAAUUCCAACAGUAA